ACAGAGAAGAAGUUGGACCCACUGGACACUACUGAGUCGCACAUUUGCAAACCGCUUGCAAAUCGAUCACUGCCAGAUCAUUUCCUACAAGAGGAACUAAGUAUCUUCAUCGGACCCAGCAAUAUGAUGCAGAAUAAUGGGUAAGUCGAAUCAAUAUUUUUUUUAAUUGAGUGAUUUUAAGUGGAGUGCGUAUGUGUAUAUGAUUUUGGUUCUCUUAGCAUAAAAUGAAAGUUAGAACAUUCUAAUAGAAUGCUAUUAUUGUAUCUUUUUUAUUUGAGCUUGAGAAAGGCAAGUAACAAAAAUUGCACGUAAAGAAAUCCCUUUUUUAUAAUUUUAUUUGUUGGCUUUUUCACAUGAACUCUUGAUCAAAUUGAAGAUUAUGAACUAUGAAUAUUGCAAUCUUUGGAAUGCUUGAACAUUUUAUGGCAGUUUCGUUUCCCAGGAUCAUGUUAGUAAUGCAUGUAGAAAAGAUAUUGCAAAAUUUAUAAGACAAAUUUAAUUUUAAAGAAUCAUCUGAUUUAAUCAUGUGGUUAUAGAGGAACGAAUCUAUCAAAAAUCUAUUAACAAUUUAUUUCCCGGUUGGUUUCUCCUACUAUUUUAACGGAUUGGGAAUGAACAUGGGUGUGAUUAGAAACAAACAUAGGUUGCUGGAGAUGAGAGCAAAGAUCGUGCUACUGCGACAAACACGGCCAAACCCUAUCGGUAGAACUUUAUUUUUCGCGCUUUUCGAAUAUUGCUUUUAUGGAUGGCCAUGUCAUGAUAUUAGGAGUGUUGAUGGCACGGCUUGAUUUAUGGAUGAUAUUAAUUGAUAUCUAUUGAUAUUAAUUUAAUAAUUUGCUGAAAGAAAAAUUAAACAUGAAAAAAACACGACGGGAAAAUAGUUCUGUUUUAUUCUAUAGUUCUCUCGUAAUUGAUUAUGGAUUUUGCACUUGCGUGGAGUAAGUAACUGUCACAAAAUUAAUGACCACAGAUAACUCAUUUAUAGAAGUAGCACUCUCAAUAGCUUCCUUAAAAAAAAUGGCAUUUCCUAAGUAUUCCCAACGGGAUACAUUCUUCCGAGAAUCGCGAGACAGGCUCGAGAUAGAGUCUGAGGAAGAGAGAGAGUAUGAGGAAGAGGAAUUAAGAGGCAUUCAUAGGCGACUACGGGUUGAUAAGCCACGAGGCAAUAACAACAACAACUACUACCGGAACACUAACAAUACCAACAACAACAAUUACAACCAGAACAACAACAAUUACAACCGCAACAACAACAAUUACAACCGCAACAACAACAACUACAACUACAACAACAACAAUUACAACCAGAACAACAACAAUUACAACCACAACAACUACAACAACAAUGGUUAUAAUCAACAUAACAACAAUAGCGAUGCUGUUAACAAUAAUAAGGCAGCAAUGGAAGCAGAGAAAUAUAAGGAAUUAUGGGAGGAAUCAGAAGAAUCAAAAGCUCGAUUAGAAAGACUGUUUCAACGUGACAUAAAAGAACUUUAUGAAGAUAGGCGGGAUGCUGCUAACGAUAUGGCUGCAAAAGAAAAGAAAUUUGUUAACAAGUUGAAAGCUUUGGAAGCUAAGCUGAACAAUGAGAAAAUAUUGAAUGAAACAUUAAGCCAGGAAGUCACUAUGCUGAAGAUGCGAGAGGAAGAGCAUGCUUUAUCGGUUGCUGAGAACAAAACGGCAAUUAAUUCCGAAUUGGAAAGUAAAGAAAGUGAAGUACGCAAGUUGAAGGUGCAACUCGAAAGCAAUAAGAAGAACUACGUGAAGAAGUUGGCCGAACUGAACUUCACCAUCCAGGAAAUGAAGAAGCGUUCCGUGGAAGAUUCUGAUAUUGCGAAGGAACUGGAGGAAGCGAAGAUGAAGAUGAAUAAGGACAUCGAAGUACUGCAGCGGCAAAUCUUCGAACUGCAAGCCACCAACGAUCGGCUGGGCAAGAGCAAAAAGAAUAUCCAAUCGGAGCUGGAGGAUGCCACCAUCGAGCUGGAGACGCAGCGUACUAAGGUGCUAGACUUGGAAAAGAAGCAGAAGAACUUCGACAAAGUUCUCGCCGAGGAGAAGGCCGUCAGCGAGCAGCAUGCCCAGGAACGGGAUGCCGCCGAGCGGGAAGCUCGCGAAAAGGAAACCAAGACGUUGUCGUUGACGCGGGAGCUGGACAAAGCGUACGAGACGAUCGAGGACCUGGAAACGAAACGGAAAGCACUGCAGAACGAGUUGGAGUCGAAGUUUAUGGAAUUCGAGCAAAAGACUUUGGAUUUGAAAAAGGAGAACCAUCACAUGAAAACGGUUAUCAUUAAUUUAGAGGAAGAGAAAAGUGACAUUUCUUCGAAGUUUGUGGAAUUCGAACGAAAGAUUUUGAAUCUAGAAAUGGAGAACCAUCGUAUGGAGACGAUUGUUAAUAAACUUGAGCUAGAGAAGAAUGACCUAUCUUCGAAGUUUAUGGAUUCCGAGCGAAAUAUUUUGGAUUUGGAAGAAGAAACCCAUCGUAUGAAAACUGUUAUCAUCAAGUUGGAGCAACAGAAGAGCGACCUUAGUAAACACUUGCCAGAAUCUAUUGAUAAAUUGGAAAAGCUACUCAAUGAAAAGGAUACGUUGUCAACUAAAGUUCAAGAACUAGAAGAAAAUUCAAAAUGUUUCAGUAGCUAUGAAAAAGUUACAAGUUUCAAAGGUCCAAUUGAUAUUUUUUGCGUAAUUAAGAACAAAUUGACUUCACCACUGAAACAACUAAAUAAAGCCCAUGCGGAGAAAGCAGUGAGCGAAUACCGCAAUACUAAAACUCGGUUGAAAUUGCAACAGCUACAAGAAACUACCUAUGAUAACGAGAUUUUUUUUCAAGAACCCCAAAGCCAAAUCAAACAACAAGAAAGUGCUCAUGCCAAAGAGGAAGCAACUAUUGCGAGUCUCGCAAAAAGGAAAGACUUCGAACCACUCGACAAUCUUUUAAACGAGAUAGAUUUACUACGAGGUUGUGUCUUUUCGGGAAACUAUGAGUGCCUAACGGAACUCCUGUGGGAUGACCACGGUUGA